AUGAUUUUAUCAACAUUACAUGGUCAUAAUAUUAUUGCUACUACUACUAAUACUACUAUUACUACUAAUAAUAAUAAUGGUAGUAAUAAUAAUAAUAAUGAUUUUUCAUCACAAAUCAAUCAAUAUCCAAAUCUUACAAAUCAAUAUUUAACAGUUACUUGUAAUGGUAAUGGUUUACCAUCAUUACCAUUACCACCAUCAAUACCAAUUCAUUUAGCAUCAUCAUCUGGUUCAGGUACAGAUGAUUUACAACAAAGUUUAGCUAUAUUAACAUCAACUCCAUUAAUACAACAAAAUAAAUUAAGAAAUCUUUUAAAUAAUGAAACAAAUACAGUUGGAUUAUCACCAUUUUUAACGAAUACACAACCACAUAUAAGAAAUUGGCUUAUAGCGCCUGGUUCACCAUAUUCUAUUACAGGUAGUCAUGUUUAUGAUGUGCCUAGAACACUUGAAAUUAAUCAAGGUACAUUACCAAUGUCAACAGGUUUAGUGAAUCGAUCUAGUCUACUCAGUGAAUCAGAAUAAAAUAAAUUAUGAUAUAACUUUGAAUUGUUUUUUUGUUUUGUUUCAUAUUCUCUUCAGAUUUUUCCUCUCUGUUCUGUUUUUUUUUAACGGACACAAGUGUUCUUCUUUUUUUUACAUCCAUUUUUCUUGGCAUACUGAAAUACUCCACCUCACUACUGAAUUCAUUGUGUCUUUAAGUCAUUGUUAUAUGGUUAAUCUUUUUAAUUAUUUAAUAUGACCACAUAUCAUCAGGUCUUUCUUUUCA